AUGGGGGACGUACCUUACGUCCGACCAGCGGAUGUAGGUCCUGAGACGAUUUCGUUCAUGACUCGAAUGGCGAUCGAUGUCAAGAGGUCGAACGACAAGAGACGCAACCUGAUUUACGGGAUUUCGUUUCUGGCAUCGUGCAAUCAUUAUGACUUUAUCCGCGCCGAAGGUUUCAUUUUCUCUCAUGUUGCGGACGAAGGGUUCAUCGAUGCAUGCGCUGGCCCGCUGUUGCGCUACAGAAGGAUGAUUGGUGCAGAUCACAUCGCGGUGCUAACAGAUAUCAAAAAGAAGCAUAGUUCUCACUCGAUCACCGCAGACGUAAGUUCGUCUGAUACAGCCGAAGCGGCAAAGUUUUUUCUCAGUGAUGGUGUCAUCAUUACCGGCAAGAAAACCGGUUCUCCUCCAAGUAUUCAGGAUUUCCUAGAGCUGAGAAAUGGCACUUCCUUACCAGUAAUAAUUGGCUCAGGAGUUACCGAUCAGAAUGUGUCAAAGUUUGCUGAGGCUGAUGCUCUUAUUGUUGGUUCUUACUUCAAAAAAGAUGGUAUUUGGUCAAACGAUGUCGAGUUUAGCAGAGUGAAGAGACUCGUAGACGUUGUAAAAGAAAUCCGUCAGGAAGCUUCAGCAUGA